AAGGAGCAGCCUGCUGCUGGCCUGUUCUCUGCACUUUAUCCCUCAGAAGUCUUCCUUUGGACUCAGUUCAUCUGUCCGGUUUAUUUUCACCCUGCUGUCAGCUCAGUGUUGCGUCUGUCAUGGCGGAGGAAAAUCUGUCCGUGGUGCUGCACGCGCAGGGAGACCUCCGGCUGGAACAUCGCCCCGUACCGGAGCCAGGACCUAAUGAUGUCUUGCUGCAGAUGCACUCUGUUGGAAUCUGUGGAUCAGAUGUUCACUACUGGCAGAGUGGCCGAUGUGGAGACUUUGUGGUCAAGGAACCCAUGGUGUUGGGACACGAGGCGUCAGGGCGAGUGGUAGAGGUCGGAUCGGCAGUCAAGCACCUGAAAGUGGGUGACAGAGUUGCAAUUGAGCCUGGCGUGCCCCGUGAAAUGGACGAAUUCUUCAAAAACGGAAAAUACAACUUGUCUCCUACCAUCUUCUUCUGUGCCACACCACCCGACGAUGGAAAUUUGUGCCGAUACUACAAGCACAGUGCCAACUUCUGUUACAAGUUGCCUGAUAAUGUGACAUUUGAGGAGGGAGCUCUAAUUGAACCUCUGUCCGUGGGGAUCCACGCCUGUCGCAGAGCCGGUGUAACCCUCGGCAGCACCGUUCUCAUCUGUGGUGCAGGACCCAUCGGGUUGGUCUGUUUGCUCGUGGCCAAGACGAUGGGGGCCUCACAGGUCAUCAUCACCGAUCUGUUCCCGGAGCGUCUGAAAAUGGCCAAAGAGCUGGGUGCAGACUUCGAGGUGACGGUGACGAGAGGAGACAAACCUCUGCAGCUGGCUAAGGCCGUGCAGGACAAGCUGGGCGCUCAGCCUCACAUUACUCUUGAAUGCACCGGUGUGGAGAGCUGCAUUCAAACCGCCAUCUAUGCAACACGUCCAGGAGGUGUGGUUGCACUGGUGGGUGUCGCCCCUGAGAUGGUAACUGUUCCUCUGGUCAACGCGGCCCAAAGAGAGGUGGAUAUAAGAGGAAUUUUCCGUUACUGUAACACCUGGCCGAUGGCCAUAGCCAUGUUGGCGUCGGGUAAAGUGAACGUGAAGCCCCUUGUCACCCACCGUUUCCCCCUGGAGCAGGCAGCCCAGGCCUUUGAGACCACGCGUCAGGGUAUCGGGAUAAAGGUCAUGUUAAAGUGUGACAAGAACGACCAGAACGCCUGAUCUGACCCGUUGCAGCGAAACAAAGCCGACCUGCCUGAGAGUGACUCAGCAUGACAUAAACACACACUGGACAUUGACCCUAAGAAAGAUAACAGAGCCGGUUCAAAGAGACGCACUAAUAAUAAAUAGCACUGUGAGUUAACUGCUGUGUCGCCUGCUGGUUAGAAAUGUUACUAAAAACGGUACAAGUACAUUUUACAGUUCCUCAACUUUGUACUGUAAUGAACAUUUUAAGGGUUUUAUGAUUGUAUAUAAUUUGUUCUGUAUUAGAUUUAUGAUCAUUUUACACACGGCUGCUGUAAUAAAAAAAUAAAAUAAAUUCUUA